AUGAAGCGUUUUGUGCUGAGGUGCCCGGGGUCGCUGCGUUUACUGGCUCGUUCGGGGGGAUCAGCAACAUCGGGGGCGGACUUGUGUCGAGAGGGGAGGGCCUGUCCCCGGUUGAUGGACCUGCAGGGAAUACACACAAAGACCAUAAAGGAGGCUUCCCCCCGGGGAGAAGAACAAGGGGACGACCGCGUGAUGGCCCAAAAUAAUGAAAUGAUAAUUCAACGGUACAAGCAGUUUAUAGAGUCGAGGCGGGGGGAGGGGAAGGGCAACGUGAGUGGUUCCUCCAGACGGGAGAUGUACGACCCGCUGGGGUGCGCUUCAGAGGUUGGCACGGAAGUUGGUGCCCAGACGGCCGACCAAGUCGCCGCCCAGACCGCCGCUCACAUCGCCGCUCAAACUGCCACCCCAAUUGACACCGACGGGGCCAACCAAGUCGCCGCUCAAACCGCUGCGCAGACCCCCGCCGGCAGCGUCGAUCAAAAGUACGUGAUCCUGAAGAAACAGAUCUCGAAGGAGUUCAUUCACCAAGUGUUCCUCCCCCACGUGGAGUCACAAAUUAUGCACCAUUUGAAGACAUACACCCCGAACCAAAUCGUAAACAUCUUUCACGUCUACUCCUACCUGUACUACUAUGACCAGAAAAAGGAAAUGGUAAAGACUCUGCUCGAUUAUCUCGAGUAUCGACUGGACUGCUUCAGUGUGCACGACGUGCUGCUGGUGUUGGAACCUCUGUACCUCCUGAACCGCACGAACAAUUUUAAUAUUUACCGCUUAAUUAUUAACCACCUGGACAGGAUAAAGGAAAAAAUGAACCUGUAUAACUACAUUGGUGUGUGUAGAGUGUUCACAAAGAUACUAAUCGACUUAACUUUUGAGGAGAAGGAACUGAGAGGGAAACAUAUUUUAUCACGUCUGUGGUAUCAUUUGAAGCAGCGUAAAUUUAGAAAAGGCAUUCCUCCUGAUCAGAGGAAAAUUUCACAUUUGGACUUCCUUGUGGGUUUCAUGGCUAACGUGGUUGAUCAUGUGGAGGGGCAGCUGCGACUUCUCUCCGCUAUCGAGCUCACCGACCUGCUCAGCGUCAUGGCCAACUACUCCUUCAAGAGUGGGCACUCCAGCUACGACGUGGCUUUGUUGGGCAGCAUGCAAGGAAGAGAAGAAGGAAGCGAAGGGCGCAGCGACGAGGGAAGCGGUAACCUCGGCGAGGUAUGUACCGAACAAGGAAAAGAAGCUGCCCAGGAUCCCCCCCUGAAGGUGCACGCCCUGAGUAACCAAAACGCCUUUCUCUUCAAGGAGAAUAUCGUGUCCUUCCUAAUCAUGAACGAACUAAAGUGCAAGUACCAGGACCUCAGCACGCUCCACAAAAUAAUUAACCUUCAUAACUUAACCAAGCUCUUCAUAUACGACGACCAGUACCUCCAAAUGAUUGAAGACGAUCUGAGCAAUUACCAUUACAUAAGUAACAUUCAUCACAAGUAUCUUUCCCUCCUAGUGUGGUGCUUAUUCAAGUAUAAGAGGUUAGAAAAACACAUAAAUCAGCUGAACCCAAUCAUCUUACACAACGUGAAUAAUUUUAAUGCAAAAGGUUUGUCCAGGCUGUGUCACGCAAUUCGCCAUGACAAGCGAACCCUAAUCAGCAUAGCACACAAUUUAACUGACCAAGUGGAGAGCAUGUCGGUAAGCGAUUUUUUGUGUUACUUUUAUUCCGUUGUGUGCCUCGAUUUGUUGCCUUAUGGUGAGGGUGCAGCAUUAGGUAAGCGAGCACAGCAGGGAGAAGCGGAACAAGACACAUGCAAAGACAGAAACAAAUCAGAACAAAGUAGUAACACCCCUGCCGAAGCGCACAACCACACUUUGUCCCUCUUUAACAAAAGCACCAUUUUACAAAAAUGCACAAAGUACAUUAACGACAAAAAAAAAAUGUUAGGAAAAAACGAAAUGACCAAAAUUGUGUUGCUGUUAAAGAGGAAGAAAGGAGACAAGUACCUGUACGUGUUGGACUUGCUCCCCGAGGAAUGGAAGGGGAUCAUGCAUUUGGUUAACUGA